GUUCUCUUCAUUUAAAUACAAACAACAAACAUCAAUAGUUUAAGCUUUAUUAUCUUUAAAUUUUAGAUAGUUUUAUUCAAUAUAGCUGUAAACCAAUAAUCUAUUAAGAUCUGUGAAAUAGCCAAUAAUAGGGUUAAAAUCACAAACAUUCAUUAUUCAUACAAAUUCAAAACUGCAAAACAUGGCUUCAUCGACGGGACUCUUCCAAGCAAAAUCAAUCGCCUCGAUCUGUCGUUUGUGCUUCAUGGAGCGGAAACAACUGGAGAGAAUUUUCGAUGACGACAACGGGCAAUGCAGCGAAUGGAUCGAAAAACUCACUUCAUUGAAGCUUAUCGACAUACCAAACGCACCUGCAUGUCUGUGCCUGGACUGCAAAUCUACCCUGCAGGCCUUCGAUGCAUUCCGAGAAAUGUGCAUCACGAAUGAUCUCGUGUUCAAAGAUGCGUUUUGUCGGGAUGCUUCAAAUCCGACUGAUGAAUAUGCCAGUAUCGAAAUUAAGAACGAAUGUGAAGAGCUAGGUGAAGAGUACCAACAAACGAGCAUUUCAAUCGUACAGACUGACGUUGCUUUGGUUAUCGGCGAAACAACUCCACUUGAGCAGCUCGAAGAAAACGAUGUUCUAUCCAGCGAAUUGAUGAUAGAUGAUUAUGAAAUUAAAAUACAGGAUAUAGAUCCGAAUGCUGAAUCUGAUGAUAUAACGAUAGCGCCGACAGUUGAGGACAAUGAAGAAAUCGAAACAAUUGCCGAUUAUUCAAUAAUAGAAAACAUCGAAAUAGAUUCAAGUGUUGAAUCGGAUGCAGAUUCAACAAAGAAUGGAGAAGAGACUAAAAUUUUACUCGCACCAAAAGCUGUACUAGCCGACACGAACAAAUAUCGAUGCAAAACGUGCAAGCAAUAUUCGACUAAACUACAUGAAUUGGGUCACAAGAGUCGAGACGUUUACUAUUGCUAUAUCUGUUCAUCACAAUUUAUAGACUACUACAGAUUUAGCGAACACUUUUACAAGUGGCACAGAAACGUAGAGAAAUCUGCUGGGCAGAAUAAAGAUAAGGUACAAAAAAAAGCUAACGAUAAGCCGUCUAAAACCGUCAUGGCAAGUCAGCACAAUAAGGGAAAUCAACAACAGUCAAACAAUUUUCAAUAUCGAUGUGAAAUAUGCAGCAAAUAUACCUCUUAUCUACACGUUAAAAUUCACAAGUCGUUGGAGGUUUUCCAGUGCCACAUUUGUCCAAAGGAGUUCCGAAGAAUGCACAACUGUACCAGGCAUAUCAGCAGUCACAAGAUUAAGAAAGAGAGAACCUGCAAAGUUUGCAAGAAGUUGGUUCUAAAACUGCACUUUAAAACGCAUAAAGCGAAAAAUGUAUUUCAGUGUUACAUUUGUAAGAAAAAGUAUCUCAGAAUUGAAUACAUAAGCAGACACAUGAAAGCGCAUGGGAAAAAGCGGAAUGCUGCUCAGGAGCCUACCAUACAAAUUGACUCGAGUGAAAGUGAUGAUGAUGGAAAGAGAAAUCCCAAGAACAGAAAUAGCAGAAAAUGCGAGAUUUACUGCCCGAUAUGCAAUAAAUACUCAUCAAAAUUGCAUUCAGUAACCCACAAAGCAGAGGGCAAAUUUGUGUGCCUUAUUUGUGAGAAGAAUUUUGUCAAAUUUGAUUACGUAAGCAGGCAUAUAAAAGCACAUGAAGUGAAAAGUAAGAAAACAGUUCACUCCAACAAAACGGCUGAAAAGAUGCUGUUGAGUUUAGCUGCGUCGGACGUUGGAAAAGAAAUCGAAGAGCCAAACGUCCACAUUGACUCAAGCGUGGAAGACGACGAAUAGAGGAAAUGAACAACCAUGUCACGAUACUGCGUUGUAGCAUACAUACGGUCAAGCUUGUUGGGCUAACAUACGGUUACUCGAGCCUCCACCAAGUCCCACCAACAGCGAUACGAACAAACAAAAAGUGCGACCAACAACAUCACACCCGAACGACCAAAGUAUAAACAUGAUAAUUUAGGGGCAAGAUCGCCACCCUAAGCUCUGGUUCCUGUGGAACACAAAAUCUUCCGCAUACUGCAGAUUUAUCUCUUAUCUAUAUAGCUAUAGCUAUAGCCAUCUAUUUAAGGUAUUUUAUAUAAUAUUUGCAUGCAAGAAAAAUGAUUAUUAAAAUUUAAACAUCUCAUAAA